CGAACAUAAGAAUAAGAUAAAGAGCUUUUUCUCUUUCUUACACACACUGAGACUGUUCCAUAACUAAAUUCGAAUUCAAUCGCGUGUGUUUGAGAGAUGCAGGGAAGCGCAGCCGACGGAGAGGCCUUGGAUUUCGAGCCUGAGGACGAUGACUUGAUGGACGAGGAGGGCGCCCCCGACGCCGACGCAUCUCCGCCUCAUCCCAAGCUCAAAUCCGCCAUCACCGCUGCCGCCACUUCCUCUGUCGCCGCCCCUAAGAAGACCAAGGGCCGCGGAUUCCGCCAGGAGACCGAUGCCAACCGCAACACGCGCCUCUCUGGCUCCGACUUCGACUCUCUCACAACCGAGGGCGGCCCUGGCCCUCAGAGAUCCAUUGAAGGAUGGAUCAUUCUGGUCACCGGCGUGCACGAGGAGGCGCAGGAGGACGAUUUGCAGAACGCCUUUGGCGAAUAUGGAGAGAUUAAGAACCUGCAUUUGAAUCUCGAUCGCCGCACUGGUUUUGUCAAAGGUUAUGCACUGAUUGAGUAUGAAAGUGCUGAGGAAGCUCGAAAUGCAAUAGAGAAUUUGAAUGGAUCUGAGCUUCUUACACAAACCAUUUAUGUUGACUGGGCCUUCAGCAGUGGGCCUAUUAAUGAGUCAAUCAGAAGAAAGAAUGCUAGACCACCUCGUGAACGUCGCUCCCGAAGCCCGCGGAGGAGAUAUUGACAUGUGUUUUGAGUGAAUGCUUGUGUCGAUGUGUGAACCCUUGAAUGAGCGGCUUGGUUUCUUCUAUUGCUCCAGUGUUGGAGGAUUUUUCUGAUACUUGUGCUUCCGUCAGGGAAAAUACAUAUUUGACGCUGAUGAUUCUCAUCCAUUAAAUCCGUUGUUGAAUGCUAUUAAUUUGUAGCUAGUUUAUUAUGGUGUAUGAUGUUUAACAUACUCUUGUUGCAUUUAGUAAUGUGUUUUGAACAUGCUCUUUUCGUACACGUGACGGUGUUAUGUUGAGGGACGUAGGAUCGCCUUUCGAUUGUGGUUUGUUUGUGUUAUGCAUUUUAAAGUGUGUCUCUAUUCUUUUUUUCUUUUUCUGAGCUAUAAAUCUCUCUUUCUUUCAA